GAACUGUGAUGCUAACAGAGUAGGCUAAGCAAAAGAACUCGAAAUACCUCAUAGAGAUCAUCAAAAUAAUGUAUAAUGUAGAAUAUAUGUGCGUGUCAGUUCGAUUUUAACUGAAAUCAUCACACUCCAGAUGACAUUUCCUUGCACAUCUGAUUGGAAGUUUGGCUGUCAUUUGUUGUCAUUUGUUACUUUGUCUUAUGAAAAAUCUUGCGACCCUGACAUGGACAGCAGCAGUACCAUUUAUGUCCGUGAAAAAGGCAGCCUUCGUCGUGUUGGUGACAUAGUGCUAGGUCAGCCCAAACCUGUGUCAUCAUGUAGAAGGACGAACCCAUUUGUGUUGAGAAAAGAGCAUUUUAUAUUCACCUACAAUGAGGAAGGGAGCCUGAGAUACACAUCCAAAUCUCUCUUUGACAUAGCCUUAUUGUUUGUUGCUGAUAAUAUCCAGCAUGUUGACUCUCUCGUGGACUUCCCUGAGCAAAUAGGAGACAGGCUUUUUGUAGCAGUGGAGGAAAACCGUAUAUUUUCUAAUCCAGAUGUGUCCCCCAAAGCAAUGAAGUUAUUCAGUGAUGCUUAUGGAGAUUUGGUGCUUAGAUCUUUGUGUUUACGGAAUAGGUUUCCUCUCUUUCAUGAGAAAAUAAAUGAAAUCAAAACAUUCCAUGGAUUGAGAACACUGGAUCUUUUUGGAUGUAGACUUGGAGAUGCCCACGAGAUAUUUCAGCACCUGACAUCCAGCCUGAUGACAAGCUUGGAACAACUUUUUAUUGGAGGCAACAGUAUUUCAGAUGUGGGCCUGCAGAGAUUGACGGCACCAGUAAGAAUGAUGAAAAAAGGGCUGGACUCUCUAAAGUCUUUGGACAUUUCCUAUAACCCAGUCACAGAGAGAGCUUUCAAAUACCUCAUGUGCCUCACAAAACUUGAAAAACUGGAUGUGUCUGGAACGGGUAUGAAGCUUGGUCCAGGGUUGAAAAGAUGCAUCCGUGACUACCUCGGGCUCAUCCACGCUGAGAAAGCACUGGACGAUUUCGAUCAUUCCAAAUGUAAAACAGAAGGAUGGGCAGAGCAGGUGGUUAACCAAUGGGAAACAAGCGGGACACAAAUGCCAAAGCUGAAGAAACUUGAAGAAUCAAGGACAUCUGCACUACGCUUCUUUGGCAGGCAGAAGUUUGUGCGGGACAUCCUGAAUGCAGCGCCUGUGGUACAUGAGAAUGAUGAUGACCCCAAGGAGACAUUACAUUUUUAUAAAGGCACAGAUGUUUUGAAACGGGAAAAACAACACACCCCAACAGCCUGUACAGAAGUUAAGACUUUUCUGAAUGGUAGUAGUAAGAGGCCGCGUAAGUCUGCCUGGAGUGACAGUGAAGCCCCACUCACAAAAAGAUCAUCAGCUUUAACAGAGGAGGACAUGGCCUUGUUAAACAGUUAUUAAUUGUUUACCUCAUCUGAGCCUACACAGUGCCCUUUUUUAAAGUACUUUUAUAUUAAUAAAGAUAAGUGAAAGUUAUAAUUGCAUGAAAUGGUAUUUUGGACAAGUUCAUUGUUUACAUAUUAUUGUUUGUGUUUAUAUAGGAAAGAACUGUUUUACUGGUACUACUAGCAAUAAAGUUUAGGAUUGAACAUUG